AUGUUCGACGAGAUUCCCGACAAGAUUCCCUACAACAAGAGCCCGGUUGAUCGCAAGCUCGUUCGAGGCUACCAGCACAUGUUUGAGUUAUUCAGUGUCAUUAUUGUAGAAGUUGCUCCGACCGGGGGCAUGGCCGAAGGAGGACAUGGCCUUGUUGGGCUCCCAUUCCAAGCCAUUUUGGACUGGCCUAUGGGAACACCAAGCGGACAUGUCUUCUUCUUGAGGGAAGAUGUAAACGAAAAGUUCAAAGUCAUACUAGACACUUGGAGAGACUGUGGUGUUUUGAAGACGAGCAAGUCCCAGCACGUCCUUACGACUGGCGAUGGGGGCUGGCUGUGCAAAGAGGCACUCACAGCCUUUGAAAGGGACGCCAAUUUGAACAGUCAGCAAUGGCACGCAUUUCAGGACUUGUUCCAAUGUGAUGCAAAGAAAGAUCCCGUUCACUGGGGCUUUGAAUCAUGGGACAACUUCUUUGUGAGGCAGUUCAAGGAUAUUGAUAAGCUACGCCCUAUUGCGUGCCCGAACAAGCCGGAGUGGGUGGUGAAUGCUUGUGAAUCCAGGCCGAUCCUGGUAAAAUCCAACGUCAAGGAAUAUGACAGAUUCUGGCUAAAGGGCCAGAACUAUUCCGUCAAAGAAAUGUUGAAUCAUAGCGACUUGGCAGGCGAGUUUGUUGGCGGUACGGCGUAUCAAGCUCUCUUGAUGCUAACGUCAUAUCAUCGACGGGCCUCUCCAGUGUCCGGGCAUGUCGUACAUGCCGAGAUUAUGAAUGGAACUUACUUCUCAGAGCGGCAAACCAAUGUGAUUUUUAGCAGCCCGGUAGGACCGCCCGAGUAUAACCAAGUCUAUAUGAGUCACGUCGCCACGCGGGCCAUCAUCUAUUUCAAGGCACCAGACCCGGUGGGUUUAAUGUGCCUGAUUGCUAUUGAGACCGCGGAUGUAUCGACAUGUGAGAUCGCCAGCAAGUUUGCAACCGCUUGGCCACACCCCGUGAGGAAGGGGGAGGAGAUCGGGAUGUUCCAUUAUGGAGGCUCGAGCCUGUGUCUGCUUUUCCGGAAGGGAGUGAGACUGGCAUGGGUCGAUGCGGCGCUUCCUGGCAAUUUGGAGCAGAAUAUUCCAGUUCGCAGUGCGCUGGCAGUUGCUUAUACGGCAGUACAGUGA